AUGGCUUCGACUCGCUCGAUACGCCGAACCGGUGUUGAAAUUUCCGCUCUCUUGUAUAACCGGGACAUGGUAGUCCCCUUCUUUGGCAACACUGGCAUUCUGGCUGGGUUUCAUCACACUGUGAUUUUGCGCAUUAGUUUGCGGCAAGGGAUAACAAGUUGGAGGCUAUCAUACUUUGACCCGCCGCUGGAGACACGCCAAACAGCCUUUGCUGCGUGGUACGCCGACCAUCACUUCUCCUGGACCCAAUAUGCAGCUGGCACAGGGUGGACACGAGGCACAAAGGAGGACACAUGCCGAGAAUACGAGGCCCCGCGGCUCAACCGUUGA